AUGUCGCCCGCUGCGGCUCGCCCCGGGACACGGGGAGGACAGAAGCCGCCGUUUCCGACCAAGCAGAUGUUUGUUUUAGCAUGCUGCAGGAUAUGCGAGCCCAUCGCUUUCAUGUCCAUCUUCCCCUACAUCUACUACAUGAUUGAGGACUUCCACAUCACAGAUGACGCCAGCCAAAUCUCCGUCUAUGCCGGCAUGGUCACCUCGGCCUUCACCCUGGCUGAAUUCGCUACCGGCGUCAUGUGGGGGAGGUUGAGCGACAAGAUCGGACGCAAGCCCGUGCUCCUGGCCGGACUACUCGGAACUGCCCUCAGCGUCCUGGUCUUUGGCUUCGCCCCGAGCUUGCCAAUUGCGCUCUUUGCGCGUGCUCUCGGCGGUCUCCUCAACGGAAACAUUGGCGUCCUGCAGACCACGGUUGCCGAGUUGGUCACGGUGAGAGAGCAGCAGCCUCGGGCUUACACCAUCAUGCCCAUGGUCUGGUGUAUCGGAUCCAUCAUCGGCCCCAUGAUUGGCGGAGCCCUGGCACGGCCCUGCAUCAGCUACCCGGAAUUGUUUCCUCGCGGCACCAUCUGGGAUCGAUAUCCCUACCUGCUACCCAAUCUGUUCAGUGCCGCCACCGUCUUCAUCGGUGUCGUCGUUGGCUUCCUGUUCCUCGAAGAGACGCACGCCGCGCAGAAGCUGCAGAGGGAUCGGGGUCGGGAGCUCGGAUCGCGUAUCGCCGCCUUGUUUCGAAGAGCCACAGUCUUCGACGUAUCAAAGGGAGAAUACGGCGCCCUGGAUGGCUGUUCUCGAGCCAACGCCACGAUGAGCGACGAAGACGAGCCGCUGCCCGCAUAUCGGAGUUGCGAAAACUCACCCAAGCUCGCACCUCAAGCCGGUCCGGGCCGGGCGGCAGCCGUUGCAUCUCCGAGCCCGGGGCCUCAGUCCGGCCAGAAGAGCAGGAUCUUCACCAAGCCCGUCAUCCUGAACAUUAUUUCGUACGGCAUCUUGGCCUUGACCAGCCACACAAUGACCUUUGACCAGCUCUUUCCCGUUUUUCUGAGCACCUCUUCGCCCAAGGAUCCGGUGGUCGAGCUGCCUUUCAAGUUUGUCGACGGGUUCGGCCUCGAGACCAAGACCAUCGGCGUCAUCAUGUCGGUCCAGGGCGUCUACUCACUCUUGUCCAACUACGUCAUCGUCCCGCCCGUGACGAGGCGGCUGGGCUCGCUCCGGCUCUUCCGAAUGCUGGCCUUCUCGUACUUUGCCCUCUAUCUCGUCACGCCGUACCUGGUGCUGAUCCCGGAGAGAUUGAGGAUGCCGGCCGUCUAUGCUCUGGUCAUUUGGAAGUGCACGUACGCGACCAUGGCGUACCCGAACAACGCGAUUCUCCUGGCAAAUUCGGCGCCGAACAAGCAGGUUCUCGGCACCAUCAACGGAAUCGCCGCGUCGACGGCAAGCCUGUGCCGGGCUCUCGGCCCUACCGUGUCGGGGAUCCUGUACGCGGUGGGCUUGCGGACGGGAUACUCUGGGCUGGCGUGGUGGUUCAGCGGGCUUGUCACCAUUGCUGGCGCCUAUCUGAGCUCCCAAAUCACGGAGGGCGAGACCAAGCCUGCCGUUGCCGAGGACGAGGAAGCCUUGCUGGACGAUCGGCUUCUGUACGACGAAGACGAGACCUCCUGA